AUGGACAUACCUUUGGUCAAGGCUGAAUUCUUAGGUUUAUUUCUCGAGACCUUGUUUUACGGCGUGUUCUUUGCUUUGUACUGGUUCACGCUGUUCAUCCUAUUCAAGAAAACUGUCAUUCAACGGCGAGUCCUUAUCCCAGCGGGAACCUUGCUGCUCUGCAUCGCAACGGGCCGUCUAAUCGUCGAUUUUGUUCGAGGGUUAGAGGCAUUCGUAUUCCAUGCGGAUACGAUUGGUGCAAAUGCCUAUUAUUCCAACCUUGCUUCGCCGCUGAAUAUCGCAUCGAUGUCACUUUACGUCAUACAAACCAUUCUUGCUGAUGGUGUACUUAUUUGGCGAUGUUGUAUGCUCUACAGCAGAAGCCUCUUCAUUGCCAUUCCUGGUUGUAUCGUGCUGUUAGCCAUUGGGGCCAUUGCGUACUAUGUUGUCUGGGACAUUUCUCGGGUUGGUCCGCAGGUCAACUUUUCCACCGCUAUUGCUUCUGCGUGCAUCACCACAAUCUAUGUAUUGAGCAUGUCUGUCAGUGUCACUUGUACCACUUUGAUUGCCUGGCGCAUCUAUCGUACUCGCCGUUUCAUGCCGGAUGGCCUUGGUCCUUUUUUACCCGUUUUCAUCGUCAUCAUUGAGAGCGGUGCUUUAUAUACCACGAGUGUCGUUGCAAUCCUUGUAACAUACUUGAUCCCAUCCAAUGGCGAAUACGUCGUGCUGGCCUUUAUCCCUCCUACUGUGGGGAUCACAUUCUGCCUCAUCAUCCUGCAAGUGCAUUUCCACGUAGGAAGCAGCUCCACCACCGAACAAUCUGCUGAAACAAGCAACAUUAUCACCAACCUCUUUAGAGGGCGAGGUGUCCUGGACGUGGGCUCCAGCCUUGAACCAAUGACUGUGCAGAUCACGGAGGAGACGCAGAUCGGUCAGCCUGACUCCAUGGGAAGAAAGAAUGACCAACGGGUCUCGGGGGAUAUCUUUCAAUUGUGA